GCAAACUCGUACGGCACCAGACACAACCGUUGCAAAACGCCAUUGUUGCCAUCRRUUCUACCGUGGGCAGCACAAUUUUCCCCCGGCGUCGGAUAGCAUCCCCYCUGACUAAGCAACCGCGCCGCCCCGUUCGUUCCAUUGCGCUGCCUGGCCGCGGAUCGAAGAGAAACCGUGUUCUGCGGGUGCCAGUUGUCUGUCCAUUCCGUUCCAGUCCAUCGACGAAUGCUUCGGUYCUUGUUCUUGCUGGAAGCKGUGCGAUUYUUGUUUUCGACCAACACACCAACGCUUGCAAGCGCCUUUGUCACGCGGCAAUCGAAUACCUGCAUCGGACCAGCGACAGCWACAGCAACAACGACAGCGAAGACCCGUAGACGACCGGUGCUGUGGUCUGCCGCCGAGAACGAAGCACCGAGCACCCCGACGCCCUCCGCCAUGGAGAAUCCCGGGGUCGACACCGCCGAGGCGCUCUUCGAACGGCACUUUGGAAGCAGCGACUUUCCCUCCGACGCCACCCGGGCGAUUGCCGUCGCACCGGGUCGGGUCAACCUCAUCGGAGAACACACGGACUACACCGGUGGCUUUGUCCUUCCGUUUGCCAUCGACUACUCUACCGUCGUCUACGGAAGGGGCAAGGUCACGAUCGGCGACGGGAGCGCCCGCGAGCGCAGGGCGAAGCUCCGGUUUGUCAGCGCCCUGUCCCCCGAUUCCGUGGAAUCGCUGUGGUGCACGGAAUCCUCCUCCCCCCCGGACACGACCGAGUGGACGAACUACGUGCUGGGAACGGUCUUCCAGUAUCUCCCGGACCUUCCGCCGGGUGCCGAGGUCGGCCUGGAGUUUUCCAUCGCCGGGGACGUCCCCCUCGGAUCKGGGCUUUCCAGCAGCGCGUCGCUGGAGGUCKCCGUGGCCCGGUUUCUGGAGGCGGUCCUGGGAGACCACGCCUUCUCGUCGGAGGAGACGGCCGGGGGCUUUUCUCCCGCCAAGACGAGGGCCCUCCGCUGCCAGAAGGCGGAGAACGAGUGGUGCGAUUCCCCCUGCGGMAUCAUGGACCAGGCCAUCAGCAGCGCCGCGACCGCYGGGAACCUCUUGCUGAUCGACUGCCAGACACUGGACUUUACGGCCACCAAGAUGGCGGGCGAGUCCCUCACGCCCGGGGACCCCAUGCCGGUGCUGGUGGUGGCGAACUCGAACGUCAAGCACAGCAUCGGCGGCGGGGAAUACCCGGUCCGGGUGGCCCAGUGCAAGGCGGCCACCGAGGCCCUGCAAAAGGUGAACCCCGAGAUUGCGUUGCUGAGAGACGCCACCCCCGAAGACGUGGAGGCCGCYAGGGAAAGCAUGGACGAGGUGAGCUACCUCCGGGCCAGGCACGUCUCCACCGAAAACGAGAGGACCCUCCGGGCCAGGGAGGAACUGGAGCGGGGCGACUGGGCCGAGGUCGGCGCGCUGAUGACCGCCAGCCACGCGAGCAUGAGGGACGACUACGCCGUCAGCUGCGACGAGGUCGACGCCCUGGUGGAGAUCGCCCUGGCCUACCCGGGCGUCUAYGGGAGCCGGCUGACCGGRGGCGGCUUUGGGGGCUGCACGGUGACCCUGGUGGCCGAGGACCGCGCCGCGGGCCUGAUGGAGCACCUCCGAUCGGAAUACGGGGCCAAGACCGGGAUCGACUGUCCGUGUUUCGUGACCAGGCCGGCGAGGGGGGCCCACCUCUUGUCGGUCGUCGAUCACCGGCCGCUGGUGCCGGAAGACAACUAACCAGCGGUCGGUCGGUCGGUCGGUCGCACAACACAACACAACAACGAGACGAUGCCGAUGCCGAUGCCAUUCGAUGGUACCGUACGAGAACGAGGCACUGCGGUUUUGGUUGCGGCCGUUCUUCUUGCAGGGCGUGAUACUCGCAACCUAGACGACGGCUCGAUGAUCCUCCACAAUACUGUAUUGGUAUCGGCGGACUAGAUUGAAUAAAUUCGUCCUCACAGC